AUGUUCAAUAACCAAAAUCCCUAUACGUCAGGUUCUAUGAACCAAGGUUAUUACCAACAGCAGCAGCAGCAGCAGCAGCAGCAACAGCAACAGAACAAUAACGCCAAUGCUCAUUACCAGCAAAUUUCAAGACCCCCAAAAGGGAACUUUAAUGGCAAUUACAUGGAUCAACAAGGCUCUCAUCAUUCAUUGCAGGAACAACUACAAAAUAGCAACAAUAAUAGUAACGGCAGCAAUAAUCUCAUGAUGGGAGGUGGAUUCACAGACGUUCCCUCUUUGAAUUACCCAUCUACUCCUCCACAUCAGAAUAAUUUCGCUAUACCGAAUCAAAAUCAAAAUCAAAUGAUAAAAACACCUCCGCCAGCAAUGGGUGCUCUUUACAAGCAUAAUAACAACUCUCAAAGUUUGGUUCAACAGCAACAGCAACAGCAACAACAGCAACAACAAUUUGCUGGCGGGUACUCGUCACCGGGUCAAUACUCGGUAGAAUCAGAUUAUACUCAAAUGAAUAACAAUAAUGCGAACAUACAGAAUAUAAGUAGAUCCAGUAGCCCGUUUCAACAACCGCAACAGACGUAUAAUCAGAACUCCAUACAACAGAGCCCGAUUAGAGGUAUAAAACCACAGCAACAACAGCAACCUGAACAAUUACCGACUGCUAAUAAUGAGGCUAGUAACAGUAACAAUUCAAAUUAUAUGUAUUUUGAAAGAAGACCGGAUUUAUUAACAAAGUCUACUCAGGAUAAAGCUGCUGCUAUCAAGCUUAAGAUUGAGAAUUUCUAUCAAUCUUCUGUGAAAUAUGCGAUUGAACGUAAUGAAAGACGUGUAGAAUUAGAAACUGAAUUAGCAUCUCAUGAUUGGUCCGAAGAGAGAAGAAAUAGGCAAUUGGCGUCUUUGGGGAAGAAAGAGUCUCAAUUUUUAAGAUUGAGAAGGACAAGGUUAUCAUUGGAGGAUUUCCAUACCGUCAAAGUUAUUGGGAAGGGUGCCUUUGGUGAAGUUAGAUUGGUACAAAAGAUAGAUACGGGGAAAAUAUACGCUAUGAAAACAUUAUUGAAAUCUGAAAUGUACAAGAAGGAUCAAUUGGCUCAUGUGAAAGCUGAAAGAGAUGUUCUUGCUGGAAGUGAUUCUCCCUGGGUUGUUUCAUUAUACUAUUCUUUCCAGGAUACUCAAUACUUAUAUUUAAUCAUGGAAUUUUUACCUGGUGGUGAUUUAAUGACCAUGUUAAUUAGGUGGCAAUUGUUUACGGAGGAUGUGACCCGAUUUUACAUGGCAGAAUGUAUAUUAGCCAUUGAAACAAUCCAUAAAUUAGGAUUUAUUCAUAGAGACAUUAAACCGGACAAUAUUUUAAUUGAUAUUAGAGGUCAUAUCAAGUUAUCAGAUUUUGGGUUAUCUACAGGGUUCCAUAAGACACAUGAUUCCAAUUAUUACAAAAAAUUAUUACAAGAAGAUGAGGCAAAUACCACCGGGUUAUCCAAACCUGGUCAACCAGGUAAUAUAAAUAAUGAUGGUAGUAGUAAUGCGGAUGGUUCCAAUAAGGAGAAUAGACAAUCCAUGAUGGUGGACUCCAUCAAUUUGACAAUGUCCAAUAGACAACAAAUUCAAACAUGGAGGAAAUCACGUCGUUUAAUGGCAUAUUCCACGGUGGGGACCCCUGAUUACAUUGCACCAGAAAUUUUCUUAUAUCAAGGGUAUGGUCAAGAAUGUGAUUGGUGGUCACUUGGUGCUAUUAUGUAUGAAUGUUUGAUUGGAUGGCCACCAUUUUGUUCUGAGACACCACAGGAGACAUACCGUAAGAUUAUGAAUUUUGAACAAACUUUACAAUUUCCCGAUGAUAUUCAUAUUUCAUACGAGGCAGAAGAUUUAAUUCGUCGUUUGUUAACUCAUGCAGAUCAAAGAUUGGGUAGACACGGUGGAGCAGAUGAAAUUAAGAGUCAUCCAUUUUUCCGUGGUGUGGAUUGGAAUACGAUUAGACAAGUGGAAGCGCCAUAUAUUCCUAAAUUGAGUUCCAUUACAGACACGAGGUUCUUCCCAACAGACGAAUUGGAAAAUGUUCCGGAUUCCCCAGCUAUGGCGCAGGCGGCAAAACAAAGAGAACAAAUGAUGAAGCAAGGCGGUCCUGUCAAUGGGAACAAUACUCCGACAAAGGAAGAUCUUCCAUUUAUUGGUUACACAUACUCAAGGUUUGAUUACUUGACCAGGAAGAACGCAUUAUGA